AUGAGCAGCUAUAGGUGGGAGGUAGGGACACUUUAUGCAUCCAGACAAGAGUUUAAGGAGACUGUGCUGGCAUAUGCAGUUCAUACGGCUAGGAGCAUCAAAUUGAAGAAGUGUGAUUUGGUCAGGAUUAGAGCUGUGUGUCAGAAGGACUGUCCAUUCUGGCUCUAUGCACAUAAGGUUGGGGAUGAAUCCACAUGGCAGUUAAGAAGCUUGAACCUCCAACACACCUUCAUGCAAACGCACAGAGUUGGGAUACUACACACUAAGUGGCUUGGAGCGCAGUUUAAAAAGAAGGUAGAGUCUAAUCCCAGGAUUAAAAUAAGGGAGUUACAAGCAAAGGCACACAAGAAAUGGAAUGUUACUGUGACCAAGUCCAUGGCAGCCAAGUCUAAGCAAGAGGCACUAAGUCAAAUCCAGGGUGCAUUUAGGGAGCAGUAUAGAAGGAUUAAUGACUACUGUACGGAGAUUUUAAGGGCCAAUCCAGGUUCAUCUGUCAGCUUGAAAGUGAUUAGGAGCCCAGACUUUGUCCAGGAGGUCCAGAACCUAGAAUUGAUGAACUAUUGUGUGUUCCAGAGAUUGUAUGUCUGCUUCAAUGCAUGCAAGAAGAGCUUCCAACAUGUCAGACCCUUUAUCAGCUUGGACGGGUAUUUCUUAAAGACUCCUCAGGGUGGCCAGUUACUCACUGCAAUAGGAAGAGAUCCUAAUGACCAGAUCCUUCCCAUUGCUUAUGCGGUGGUUGAAGCUGAUACCAAGGAUUCCUGGAUUUGGUUUCUGAGACAAUAA